GUUCAGUGGAUAAAAAUAAACACUUCACCAGUCUGUUUUGGAGCUCGUAACAAUUCAUAUGGUGUCUUCAAGAUUCCAUCAGCUGGUCGCGUGAUCUCUUUUAAACUGGUACAUCUAUUUGGGUACGUGGUCUGUGGUAAACGGUCAGGCAAGUCAAAAUGGGGAUGCAAAUUCAGAUAUCCUCCUAAGCUGGCAGUUUUUGUCACAGAUCGUCUUCAGCGGCCGAUUUUGCCGCCAGAUAAUACGGUGUUUCGUAGGUUCAAUGGGGCGCAUAAUCAGUGUGCAAAUGGAAUUUAUUAUGGCCUCCCUGGAUUCAACGAAGACUCUCGGGAGCUAAGGUUCAAUAACUUUUCUUCCCCUAUGACGGUCACAGAGGGUCAAGAAUUUCAAAUAUGGUACGGGGAGGAUCUGAAAGACUGCACUGAAGACGACAAUGACGGACAAAGUUGUGUUGACAUAUACGGCUUGUACGUGUAA